GGCUUCGACUAUAAAGUACAGUGGGAUAUUGGCGGUUAGGCUCGAAUAUAUAAACGUAGACGGGGGUUACGCGGUUGUAAUGAAAGAGACGCGACCCACACGACUAGUUGCGAAACGGGGGAGUACGCGACGGACGACGGGAGCAUCACACAAACCCCCUCCCCCCGGACUGACGGAGAGGAGCCCCGUUUGAGCCGCUCGCCGGCUGCGCCCCGGGCCUCCGCUCCCCGUGCCGGGCUUCGAUGAACUUUAGCGGAUAGCCAGCGUAGCUAAGGCGCUAGCCCCUGCGCCUGGUUCCGAUAACAAGCUAGCAGGCUAGCAUGCUAACCAGUCGGGAGGGGGGUUGGGGGGGCUAGGGUGCAUUGUUCUUUGGCUGUGUGUGCAUGACUAAACGGCAUGACAAAAUAAUCGUAAUUCCCCCCCUUUCUUUUUAACUCCUACCUUUCGGCUGUGACCUACUGGUAGCCGGUUUAAGGGAGGUUAACGUUUAAUUAGUUAACUAAACGAUCCGUUUUAAUAUUAAUAGCAGAUUUUAUAGAAAUCGCCUUUAAUCUUUAUAUUAAUGAAGCGUCUGCCAGGUUUUCAUUUGAGCGCAGUUUGCAGGGUGAAGUGCCAGAUGACCGGGUUUGGUAAAAUCUCCUAACAGACAGCCGUAGUGUGACCUCUACCCCAUUGCCUUGUCCCCUCCCCCGCCCUGAUACACAGUAACCACGGCGAUGACCCACCUGCCCAGCAGCUCCGUCCGCGACCACAUGAAAUGGGCAGGACUGCUGGGCUGUGAGGCUGUCCUCUCAAGCAUGGCUUUGAUGCAGGCCAGCUCCAUGGCGGGGCAGAAGAAGAUGAUGUCCCCACUGGGCCAUGGACAGAGAGAGAGUCCUGAGCGUGCUCCUCAGAGUCACAUGAUCCUGCCGUCUGGAAUGAGCUGCCCACCCCUGCUCAUCCGUAAGGAAGGCGACUUCCACUCAGCCCGACUCCUGGACGACAAGGAAAUGCGGGAGAGUGAGGACUCUCAGCUGAAAAAGAAGAACAGGAAAUCAGGAACGCCCUGCAAAGUGGUGGUGGUGGAUGAGAACGGCGAAUGUCCAUUGUCCAAAGUGCAGAAGAACUUCAUCUGUGAGCACUGUUACGGGGCCUUCCGGAGUGGCUAUCACCUGAAGCGGCACAUCCUUAUUCAUACAGGGGAGAAGCCAUUUGCCUGCGACAUGUGUGACAUGAGAUUUAUUCAGCGCUACCACCUGGAGAGACACAAGCGUGUUCAUAGCGGGGAAAAGCCCUACCAGUGCGAACGCUGUCAGCAGACCUUCUCGAGAACGGACCGGCUGCUCCGACAUCGACGGCUUUGCGGGGGCCAGGGGGUCCCAGGGGUUGCCAAGGGGGAGAACCAGCCUUGUUGUGAGCAGAGAUCGUACCCCCAAGAACCUCCUAACCCCACUGCUGCCUGGAGCUCCCUGCACCCUCCCUCAGGGGACAAGCCGUUCGCGUGUGACAUUUGUGACAUGCGGUUCACCCAGCGCUACCACCUGGGGAGACACAAGAGAAUCCACAGUGGGGAGAAGCCCUACCAGUGCGAGCGCUGUCAGCAGACCUUCUCGAGAACGGACCGGCUGCUCCGACAUCGACGGCUUUGUGGGGGCCAGGGGGUCCCAGGGGCUGCCAAGGCGGCGACCCAGCCGUGCUACGAGCCGAGACCGUAUCCCCAGGAACCUCCUAACCCCACUGUUUCCUGGAGCACCCUGCACCCCCCCUCAGGGGACAAGCCGUUCGCGUGUGACAUUUGUGACAUGCGGUUCACCCAGCGCUACCACCUGGGGAGACACAAGAGAAUCCACAGUGGGGAGAAGCCCUACCAGUGCGAGCGCUGUCAGCAGACAUUCUCCAGAACGGACCGGCUGCUUAGGCAUCGACGGCUUUGUGGGGGCCAGGGAGUCCCAGUGGUUCCAGUGGUUCCAGUAGUCCCAGUGGUCCCAGGAGUUCCAGCGGCCCCCAAGGCGGCCACCCAGCCGUGCUACGAGCCGAGACCAUAUCCUCAGGCGCCUCCUAACCCCACUGUUUCCUGGAGCACCCUGCACCCCCCCUCAGGGGACAAGCCGUUCGCGUGUGACAUUUGUGACAUGCGGUUCACCCAGCGCUACCACCUGGGGAGACACAAGAGAAUCCACAGUGGGGAGAAGCCCUACCAGUGCGAGCGCUGUCAGCAGACUUUUUCGAGAACGGACCGACUGCUGAGGCAUCGACGGCUCUGCGGGGGCCAGGGGGUCCCAGGGGUCCCAGGAAUCCCAGCCGCCCCCAAAGCGGCGGCCCAGCCGUGUUACGAGCCCAGGCCAUACCCCCAGGAGCCCCCAAACCCCGCUGUGGCCUGGAGCGCCCUGCAUCUUCUGUCUGGUCGCCUGCCGAUCUGACCGUCCUCCUCUCCACCAGACCACCUCCCCAGGAAGACAGCGAGCAAACGCGUAAAGGCUGAAGGCCGCCAUUCCCAGAUCCAUGUUGAUAUUGCAGCUUUAGUCGAGUUUGUGUUUGUGCAGGUUGAAACUAUGUAAUAUUACUAUUAUUAUUUUGAUAUUAGUUGUUAUGUUUUAAAAAGAUAAGUUUUGCCCUACUUGACACCGCCUCAUGUUUUACCAAGAGGCUGAGUGCGGUUGCUAGAUGGUCUUCCUGUUUGUACCCCUGCAGCCCCUCCCCCUUUCCCCAUCUGUGCCAUGCAGAUAGGAGGGGCGGGUCUCACCUUCACUGACCAGUAAUUCACAGGUGCCUCUCCGAUGUGAGGCGCCGCCCGGAGCAGCCCAGCCAUGGAGAACCUCCUGGAUCAACUUUCUCCCUCCCUUGGCAGGAUGAUAUGAGUUUGAUUUGUUGCUAUGGGCUCCGGGUCGCGAUCCGUCACUGACAGUCUAGAUCCGAACUGCGAUUUGGUCACCAGAAGUUUUCUAUAUACCUGUUUUAAAAACCUUUGAGUACCUAAUAAUUUAAUGAUUAUGAUGGUACUGGAAAAAAUAUUAUGUAAGAGGUAACUAUCUAAUAAUUGUGACUCUGUUGAAAGUUAAACUACUACAAACAUAAGCUAAAAAGGAUAUUUUGACAAAAUAGCACACCGCUUUUAAAAAAGUAAACAGAAAUGAAUCAGGUAAAAAUGACAAAUAAUCUUUGGUCAUGGGAGCAUCAUGAAUCUACAGCAUUACAUCAUAACUGAUGACCAGACCAUGAUACAGAAGGUGAUUUAUUAUUUUAUAAACACAUAUAUAUGUUCAUUAAGUAAGAAAAUGACAAAGCUUUGUGGCAUUCAGAAUUAUAUACACGUCUAACAUGUGUCACAAACAUCGCCAUUGUAACUGAAAGCUUGUAGUUGGGUUUUCAUUUCUCCAGAGUUGUGAAAAAGUAACACUUCAGAGCUGGAGGGCUCUUAGUCCUUUGGUGUGUCAGUCUUUGUGUAGUAAUACCCUGGACAUGCCUGAAAGCUCAUGUUGUGGUAGGAGGAACCUGAAUUGGAACGUUGUAUUUCACUGUAUGCGAGAGACAGACCUUCAGAAUCACACAGCUCUUAUCGCUCACAGAUACUUUGCUUACACCUCAGAUUUCUGUAAUUAUGUAUUUAAAGUAGAAACACGGUAAAAUCUGAGAGUGGAUUGUGUAUUAUGGGUGUGAGUUCCAUGGUCUGUAAUGUAUAAUAUCCUAAUCCCAGUUUGCGUCUUCAUAUCUCAGUCUGGUUCCUGCUUUUUGGAUGCUUGUGCAGACUGGUACUGUUGUCUGAGUUACUUCCUCAGUAUUACAGAGAUGCCCUCGGCCCAGUUGGUGGUUAUCUUGGUGGGUGAUUCCUGUCAUGAGAACAUGUAGGCAUGUGGGUAUGUGAUGCCACACUAGUGUCACCAGGUGUGACCCGCUGUGGAGACACUGCUGCCAGGUCACCAUUAAAGGUCACCGGUUGUGCUACUUUGUAUCAGAUCUUAUGGAAAUUGAGCCCAGCUUAAUGAGCAAUGAGGUUUUCAGAUUGAAGAUCAUGCAAAGGACAAGGGAGAGAGGCAAGGCGAAGGCUGGGAAGAUGUAUCCUUGUAUAAUGAUAAUUCUGUUAACGAACCUCAAGAACUUUGGUUUUCUAGUCUAUUUUUAAACACUGGAGUAUAAAAACAGUUCAAUAUUGUGUGUAUUCAUUUCUUUAUAGACCGUUAUUUUUUGUCUUAAGAAAAUGAAUCUUUUUGGGGUUUUUUAUGAUAAACGAGUGACCAGUACUUGGAUAUUAGUAUUGUGUUAGUAAUUUAAGAUUUAAAUUGAGUUCCCUUGGCUGGGAUGAAAGGUUGGGGGGGGGGAUAUAGUACCUCAGAAAAUGAUAGUUUUCAUACUGCUGUCCUUCCUCAUUUUAGCGAAUGGGUUUCGGUAGGAAUUGUAGAAAGCAAAUAAUGCAUUAGUACUGCAGAUAAAAGGUAGUGUUUUUUUGUUAUUCAUAGUAUUGCAUGCAGAGUUUUGCUAAAUAGAUAUUAAUUCUUUGAUUUAGUAAAGAAGGAUUUGGGUAAAACUUUUUUAUUGUUAUCAUGGUAAUUGUUAAAACAGAUAAAAUAAUAUGUACUCUCUUAAGACCCACAUUUAUGUUUUAUGGAGUGAAGAACAGAGUUUCCCUUAUAAUAAAAUUAAUUACUUUUUAAGACUUUAUUUGCCUUUUUCAUCACUAAACACAAUGUACAGCCUUGUUCCUCUUGUUCGCUCUGAGAAGAACCUGCACCAAAGAACAUUUACUUUGUUUUCAUAAUAAAAUGGUAAUUUUCUCAUUUAA